AUGGCGCAUCAGCGGGUGAAGGAAGGGCCCUCGCCAUCACCAAAGCGAGUACAUGCAGGGCUCUUACCGCCCCCACUGCCUUCUCGCUCGGUGACGCUGGAGCGUGACGCCAAGGCAUUACAGGCGAGGCUGCAGGAAAUAGACGAGGUUUUUCACCUUAACGACGAGGAUAAUGAGCGGCGGUUGCGACUGCGUCAGUUAGGGGAGCAGCAGAUGGUCUUACAGCGCCUGUGCGAGGCGGCACUUCGGACGGAAGAAGGUCUUGGUGGUGUUACGGCGCACCCCAACGCCGGCACUGACUUUGAGAGCGGUAGAGCUUUGGAGGCAGGCAUUGUGUUAACCCCGCGCUCCUUAGAAAGUAUCUCGAGGUAUGGCGAUGCGGGGGUGAUGCUGAUGCCACGCAGCGCAAGCCGCACAGAUGCUGGCUCGCUGCCGAUGUCAACGCCACUCUUCGUAUCCUACGAGCCGCCGAAGGGUACCUCAUCCACCGCAAAUACUGUGGAACCGUCUCGCACGUACCGAGGUGGCAUCUCAACGCCUCCAGAAUUCUCUGCAGUGGAGACCAUCUCGACUCGUAUGCCCCCGACGAGGAAAACACUGCCCCCUUUGUCCUCGCCAGCGUUGGUUGAGGACGCCGCGCUAGGCAAAGAACGGCGUCUUGUCGAGGAAUUUUUUGGAAUGUCUGGGGUGGAGUCCGCCCAUCCGUAUGGGGCAGCAGAGAACGAGAGGCGAGAAUUGUCCAACGGGGUGGUGCCGUUUGUGCCACCUCUGAGCCUUCAACGUCCCGGUGGAGACCCGGCUACUAGUGUUCCCCCUGCAGAAGGCGACAUGAGUGAGGAAAAUUUUGAUCUGAGGGAAGAGGAGCAGUUGCUGAAGUGCAUCAUGCAGAGACAACCACAACGCCCGGGCGACCCCUUACGGGAGGUUUGUGCGUCCUCAAUUUCUCGUUCUAGUGGUACUCUAAACGACGCGAAACCUUCCAAAGCAAAAAAGAAAGGCUCACUGUACGAGCAAGGAAGAUGUUUGUCUGCACUUUCCGGCGCCACAGCGGUUCCAUGUCGCCACGACAACCAGCCUCACCACCCAGCUGUAUUGUUUCUUGGGGAAAACGUAGUCGAUGGGGCGGAAAAAAAAAGGAUGAAGAUGUAA